AUGGCUCCAAAGAAACCUGUUCCCGCACCACCAGCAGACAAGCUGCCCUUGGCAGUUCGCAAAAACGUCCGAGAUGAAUGGGAGAGUAAGAGACCUGAACUCGAGGAACGCAUCUCAAAGGCUCUUGGGGAGACAUGGACCAUUGCCGUCAACCCCAACCUGAUUUAUGCCAAUGCCAAUGACGAGGAUCACAAAGCCCGUAUCGGUAGUGCAAUCGUCUGGUAUUUUGAGCCUUUGACCGACAAUGUGGAAAGCUUUGUGAAAUCUUUCGGCGAUGACGGCAAAGCUGAAUUGAACAAGCUCGCCUCAGAGCACCGCGUAGAGCUGGUGCCUCAAGAAGAGACAAACUUCCGGUAUGGAGGUCUUCAAAUCAAAGACGGUGUUCUUCGCUUAGUCUUCGAGCUCGACAACUUCGCUGUUAAUGUUUCAAACGUCAGUCGGGAAUUUGCAGACGCGCUCAAGUCAGCAGAUGCAGCUGGUAGUGGAAGUGCUUUCAACAUCGUGGCACGAAACUCUGUACGUGACGAUUAUGAAAGUAAGAUCGAGGAUGUCCAGGAAGCUAUCGGCAAGUUGUUGGCUGUUCCCGAUAUCAAGCUGAAUGGCAACUUUGAGAACAACGCGGCAGUUCUCGCGAAAGCGGGUGACAAGGGCCGUUCUGAUUGGGAUUCCUCUUUCGGAGGUGCGACGUUUGCGUACUUCGAAAGCCUCAAAUCGCAAUUGGAAUACAAGGGAUUCAAGGAUGAUGACAUGCUACAAGAAGGGUUUCAGGAAGGUGUUCCCAAGAAUGAGAUCCAGUUGCGUGUAGUCGAAAAAUUGUCGAAGGGAAGAUACCAUGAGACAUUUAUUGAGGAUGGAGUUCUUGUGAUUCAGACCGUGCCAGAGAACUGGUGGACGAACGUCAGCCAAGUUGCAGAGAACAUUCUGGAGAUAUUGUAG